AUGAACAGUACGUGCCUGAUUCUUGUGCUAUUUUUCGCAUUGGUGUCAUGUACAUUGUCAUCCUAUCUUGAUAUUCCUCCACCACCUGAACGACCAACACGUUUUAAAACCAAAGAACAAAUUGAAAAUUAUCUUAAAGCUGUUAAAGAUUAUUAUGAUGCAUUUAAAAUAAAACUUGUUCGUCGAGAAGAUACACCUUCGGAUCUUUAUACAAAUUUCGACAAAUCGAUGAAUGAUGAUGAUAUUGAAGAAUUCAAUGAUCAACUACAUAUAUUUAAAAAAUUAUAUAAUAAUUAUAAACAAAAUCAACCAUCAAGACAUAUGUUUAGACAACGUGAAGAAAAUAAUGUUACAUAG